AGUAUAGGCUCACUAACUAGAAGAAUUCGUAAAAUAACCUUACAAAUAAAUUUGUUUUUAAGAACUAGAAAUAAAAUGAGUUUAUUAAGAAAAGGUUUACUUCAAUCUAUAAAAUCUCAAAGUAAUAUAGUCCGUGCCUUACAGACUAGUUCAGUUUGUCUUAAAACUCAAUCAGGAAAAUACAAGAUAACAACAAAAAAAGAUUUUCCACUUACGUAUGAAAUGGCAAAUCCUCCGUUUCAAAUAGCUCACAGAAAAUCAUGGAAUUCCUGGAAUACAUCAAACGUUGAUGGAGGAUUAAGACCGUCAGAAACUGCCGUAGAAGACAUGUUCAUUCGAAAAUUUAUGGUUGGUACUUGGCAAGGUUUAUUUGCUAGCGAAGUCAUUAUUAAAAGGCAGCAUAAUAUUAUUCGUAUAGCGGGUAUUAUAACAAGGAGUAUACACCAAAGAAAAAUGUACUUUUUAAUCGGUUAUACAGAAGAAUUUCUAAGUUUUUGGUUACAGUGCCCGGUAAAACUAGAAUUACAAACAAUAGCUGACAAAAAAGAAAUUGUUUUUAAAUACGUAUAAGUACCUUAUACUGUUAAUUUUCUUUGUUAUGAUAAUAAAUGUAUGAUAAAUA